AUGGCGGUUUUAUCUCUGACUACUGCGACACUUCCAACUCAGUCUCGCAUAUCCUCCCUUGUCAAGUUCACCACCGACCCUCUCUCCGGCCGCAGACGAGUCACCACCGGAAAACCGCUACUUGCCUCAUCAUCAUAUUCCAGUCCCACGAUUUUGAAGUCCAACCGCCGGUCCAAGUCCAGCCAACCGCUGUCCCUCAAUGGCGCGGCUGACGACGAGGACGGCACUGAUGCCGAAGUCGAUGACGACUGGUAUAGUGACGAUGAAUUUGGGGAUAUUAAAAUUUCUGAGGCUGACAGGCAGCGGCUGAAGUUGAAGAGCGUUGCUAUCAAGGGACGAGGCAGCAUUAGGCACACAGGAAAGGGAUGUGAUUUGGAAUCAUCAAAACCUUCCCAUAAGCUUGAGAAAGGUCUAGAAAAAUCACCUGUAAAGGACAUUAUACACUCUUCGAAGAAGAUUGCUAGAGAUUAUUCGCACAGUAAUUCCCUUAAAUCGAGCAAUGUCGCAGCAAGAGUAAACUCCCAGGAAAAGGAAGCAGGAAGCUCUUUUAGUAGCAGGUUUUGUAAUCUGUCAGAAGAACUAGAUUUACGCGAAAGACAUUUCCUGCUCCUUGAUUAUCUGAGCACUUUCGGUCUCAAAGAAUCUCACUUCAUCCAGAUGUAUGACAGGCAUAUGAAAACCCUUGAUAUCAAUGUUAAAUCAGCAGAGGAAAGACUGAAUUACUUGUUAAGUGUCGGUGUUAAACACAAAGAUAUCAGAAAGAUAAUUUUGAGACAGCCUCAAAUUCUGGGUUAUUCAGUGGAAAACAAUCUCAAGUACCAUGUUUCUUUCUUGAGAAGCCUGGGUAUUCCUGAGUCCAGGGUAGGGCAUAUAAUUACUGCCACCCCCUCGUUGUUCAAUUACAGUAUAGAAAAAUCCUUGAAGCCCACGGUUAGAUAUUUGCUAGAUGAAAUAGGGAUACCUGAGAAGGAAUUAAGUAAGGUUGUGCAGCUAAGUCCUCAAAUUCUGGUUCAGCGUAUAGAUAACACAUGGACUUCUCGUCUAAAUUUUCUGAUAAAGGAAUUGGAUUCUCCUAGACGGAAUAUUGUAAAGAUGGUCACAAAGCAUCCUCAGAUCCUUCACUACAGUGUUGAAGCUGGACUGCUCCCAAGAAUCAAUUUCUUACGAAGUAUUGGGAUGCGGAAUUCUGACAUAGUGACAAUAUUAACAAGGCUCACACAGGUAUUCUCGCUUUCGCUGGAAGGAAACCUGAAGCCCAAAUAUAUGUACUUGAUCCAUGAACUUAGAAAUGAGGCCCAUUCUUUGACCAAAUAUCCAAUGUACCUAAGUUUAUCUCUGGACCAACGGAUAAGGCCCCGCCAUAGGUUCUUGGUUUCAUUGAAGAAAGCUCCGAAAGGGCCAUUUCCUUUGGGCUCAUUAUUCCCAACUGAUGAAUGUUUUUGCCAGAAGUGGGCGGGAACUAGCUUAGAUAAAUACUUGGAUUUCCGCCAGAAGCUGCAGCUCAAUGAUUUUGCCAAAAAGUAUGGACGGAAGUGA